AGGGGAAACCAAAACCAAACCCCAUUACAUAAGUUGGUCCACCAUUUAUAAAUCUCUAAUCUUAAAAGAGUAAAUAAAAUAAUAAAAUUUAAGCAAACCGGCAGAACAGUCCCACGAGGGGGUUUGUUGUUUGUCCUGCAUCCGCUAUCAUCUCGCCGCAGUUGGUUUUCACAAAAACAAUGACAGAAACUGCUGAUUACCUCCCUAAUUCUCUCACUAAUUCCCCUCUAAAACCUCUACUUCAACAACAAAUUAAAUUUGAAGUUGAAGAAGAAGAUGAUGAAUUGAAGAAAUUACUUCAACCUGAUGUUUCCACUCUUCCCCUUUAUCCUCCUUCCGCUGUUGAAACCAACUUUGUUCGCUAUUUCGCCCUUGAUUUUAUGAAGGCAGGGCAUGAUCAAUAUGUGUAUCGUCAUGCUAAUGGGUUAUGUGUGAUUGGGUUGGCAAAAACCCAUGUAGCUCUUCAGGCUGAAGGAGGUGUUACCUCUGUAGAUUUUAAUGUUGGAAAGUCUGAUCGUAGCGAAUUGAAGGUCUCAGGGAAGCGCAAGAAGAAUGCUCAACACUUUCAACCAAAUAGUAUUUUGUGCAACGUCCAUAGUGGUGAUGUCCCCUACACUGUCAGGUGUUGUGUCAAAGGGCCAUUGCUUGAAGUCAAUAAUAAACUAAUUGAGAAUCCAGACCUGCUUAAUUCAUCGGCUGAAAGAGAAGGUUAUAUCGCAAUUGUGAUGCCAAGACCAGGAGACUGGCUGAAGAUUAAGGAAACGCUUGUGGAUUUUGAUGAGUUUAAGAAAUUACGAAAUCUCAGCUAACAUUAUUUUCUUGCUAGAUUUAUCCCUUGCAAUUGUAGCUGAUCAUAAAGCUCUCACUAACUACCAUAGAGCAGGUCCGAGCACCUCAUUCUAAUUGUUUUGAAGACGCUGAGAGCUUGAAGGGGGAUACAUUUAGACGUUGAAGCCAUAAGAAUCAGAUCUAGGACUAGGCCCACGGUGACCAAAUCUCGAAUCCUUCUAUGUUAUUGUAUGAUUUCCUUUAUAUUGUAUAUGUAACUUGAAUAAAUCUAGCAUAAGAAAUAUUGAUAACAUUGUUUUGUUGAAGGUUUUUUUUUUUUCUCCUUUUUUUUUUUUUUUUUUUUUUUUUUGUGUCUUGAAUUUGUUUUAUUCAUUGUAUUUGUAUACGUGUUCUGAAGAAGUUUUUCCUCCACGUUCAAAAA